GGCAGUGGUGGUGGCCCUGUCCUGACAACGCCGCUAGGCUCUCCGCUCUCCGCUCUUGCCAGUGUCUCCCGAACACUUGGGUGGUGAGUGAGGCUCGGGCGCGCGCUCCUCUGCUAUACGUGUGGCGUCUUGAGGCGUUUAGACCAUUGUGCCGUGCCUUCCUGCCUCCCCCAUCCACCCAGGGCGCUUGUUUACUUGCUCGUGCGUGCGUGUGUGUUGAGUGUAAGCGGUGAGUGUGCCUGGGUGGGGCUGCGACUCCUGUGAUGUGAAGUGAGGUGAGGGUGAAUCCCACCACCACACACGCAGACUGACUCCGCGGAAGAUGAAGUGUAGCAGUCCGAGGUGCCGCAUCUGUCAGCGUUCCUCUACGUCUCAUGAUGGACACCUUGCCGAUCUCCCGCCACUCAGUCGUGGAGGUGGUGGUGAGUGCGGGGUGAGGGAGGAAGAACCUAGAUGGCGAAGGUAGACAGUUGGCGUGUCCGGCUGCCUCCUCCUCUUCCUCCACCGCCCCGCCCUCGCAAUGGAAGCCCGCCAUGCCCCCCAGCAAGCCACCGCAGCGCCAAAACCUCUCGUCUUCACCAAGAUGGAGGCCCUAGUGAAGGAGAUGCAGGACCCGGAAACAGGGGUGCCCAUCCGAAGCCAGAAGCUCUUCCUUACUUCCAUCCCAUCCGCCUUCAUGGGAUACGACCUCAUCGAGUGGCUGUUGGAGCGUCUGGAGAUAGAAGAUUCAGAUCGUGGUAGAGCAAGUCAGAGAGUCGGGAAGUGUAGGAGCGAAAUAGGUGUGGUGUUGCUACAGCUGCGUCCCUCUCACGUCACCACCACGCUGCUGCCUGUCCUUGUCACAGCACGCCUCACCAAAGCAGCCGAGGCCAUCCACCUUGCCAACCUGCUGUGUCAGUACGGCUACUUCUUCCCCGUCGGAGAGUCCCGCUCCCUCAUUGUUAAGGACGACUCCUCUCUCUACAGGUUCCAGACGCCCUACUACUGGCCCUCUCAGAAUCACAGCGCCGACACCACCGACUACGCCAUCUAUCUUACCAAGCGGCUCUCCAGGAACAAACAGAAGCAUGGCCUCGAGGACUAUGAGUUGGAUGCGUACAACAAACUCAAAAAGGCGCUCGCCCAUAAGUGGGAUUUUAUCACCAUGCAGGCGGAAGAACAGGUGAAAUUGGCCAAGGAUAGGAAGAAAGGGGAUAAGAUAGUGACUGACUCGCAGGAGAGGGCGUACUGGCGCGUGUAUCGACCUCCUCCAGGCUUUACCAACUGCCUGGAGACUGCACCCGUACCUGACAAGACAAACAUGGCCAACAGGGUCCGCAAGAAAACUCUUGAUGAUCUCAAGAAAGAAAAAAAGUUCUUGGAAUCAGCAGUGGAUCGUACUCGACAGAAGUUAUCACAAGUGGCAGAAUCUCUUCUCUCCUACACUGAGAUUUAUUACGAGUAUGACCCUCUCUUGAACUUCCCUCAACCUUCCAACCCUUGGCACUCAGAUGAGGACACUUACUGGGCACUCAACGAUGGCAUAGUGGAAGUGCCCACAGAAAAGCGGGUACGUCGUUGGGGGCUAAGCAUGGAGGAGCUGAUCAGUGAUGUUAUGGGUCAGUCAGAGUUUGCUGCAUACUUGAGGAAGGAAUACUGUCAUGAGAAUAUUCGUUUUGUGGAGGCAGUACAGCAGCUGAGAUGGGGACCUACAUCAGAUAUGGGAGAAAAAGUUAAGAAUAUAUAUGAGGAGUUUCUCAAGCCUGGAGCACCAUGUGAGAUAAAUAUUGAUGGGAAAACGAUGGAACUGACUCAGCUUCUUAUGAAGGAACCCAACCGUUUCACCUAUGAUCUUGCCUCUGAGCAUGUGUAUGUUGUGUUGCUGAAGAAAGACUGUUAUCCACGCUUUCUUCGCUCUGAGCAGUACAAGACUCUACUGGCCAAUGCCCUUCAGCCUUCCCAGAAGAAGAGGCCAAACUCCAUGCUGGUCCGCCUCAUGGCUCCCUCCAUGAUGUUGGCCUCAGGCACUGAUGGCCGCAGCGGUUUGCAGAUCAGGUUCUUCAGCUUUGGUGGUCCCGGGAAAAAGAAGAUUUCAACUCCAGCAGCACCUAACAAUGUCUCAUCACAAGCACUGCAACCACUGAAGCGCCACGGCUCAGAUGAUCAGGCUGUAUCACAGGCUGGACUGGGCCCUCACGGCAGCUCAGGCCUAUCAGCAGACAAUGCUGGUGGUGUACACUUAGGAGGCCCUACUCCCAAAGUGGAUUGUGACCCACCUUACAGGGGUGAUCUUCCCACUGCAAGAUAUGUAGGCCAAUGCAAUACUGUGGGGUUAAGCUAUUGUGCUGAGCGACAAAGUUUAGCACCAGCGGAGGUAAGCCACAGCAACACAGUGUGCCCAUGGGACAAUAACGCUGAGGCAACAGCAGCCAACAUUUGUCCUUGGGAAACAAGUGCUCCUCCUCCAACCUCUACAGCACGAAGUAAUCAGCCAACAAAAUUAGACCAAAGAUUAACAAACCCUAAAAUACGCCCUGAUCGCUCCAAAUCUGUUGAUGUUAGCUCCCUAGGCAAGAGACAAGGAUCAGUGUCCCAGGCACCUAGCCUGGAUCCAGUUCCAUCAGAAGGCUAUCCAGCAGCAUCAGUCUGUCCAUGGGAGAACCAAGAGCUGCCAAAUCGUACAACAGAGAAGUCUAAGUCCAUUGAUGUAGAUGUAUGUCCUUGGGAAACUAAUGAAUCUGCAAAAAAGUCAUCAACUAGUUCAGCUCCUGGAGUCAUGGCUGGAGACCAACAGGUCACAUCCACUUCUGGCAUGUCUUUGCCUGGACAUCCAGAACAUUCAGAUAAAACAAAUAUGGCAAUUGUUCUUGCCGUAAAGGAAAAGGGAAGUAAAGAUGUUUCACGUCCACCAUGUGAGAGAAAAAUCUCUAUUCAAGUUUGUCCAUGGGAAGAAGUAGAAGAGGAAGAUUCUCAAACCUCAGAGACUCACAGUUCUAGCCAUAGUGAUAAAGCACAAGGAAAGCAACCAUGUGAUGAGAGUGAGGUCAGAACAGAGAAAGCUACAAAACCCAAAGAAAAAUAUAUGAGUGAAAGCUACCCCAAGCCUGAAAGCCUGCCUAUGCAGACCCCUCUUGAAACCCGGCAAGGUGUUGGAAGUGAGGGAACCUCAUCACCCUCAUCUACUUGCUCCUCAUCUAGCUACAGUGAUUCCCGCAAAAUUAAAAUUGACUAUACAGUGAGGUCAGGUCAUUUGCCAGGUCAGUAUGGCCUACCUAUAACCCCCAUCCCAGCAGGUAGUGCUCCCCCAGUGAGCCAGCAGCCUCAGCAUGGGCAUGCCGCUGCCACUGCCACCACCACCCUCAGCAGCGGGAACAUCAGCACCACCAGCAGCAGCAGCAGCACUGCUGGUGGUCACCACGUGCGAGCUGAAUCCCCACGAGGUACAGAUAAGCUACUCAACCCUGCUGAAGGUGGAAGUAAACCUACAUCACCCAGAGUGGCAACUAAUGUAGUGGCACCAUGGGAAGAGAAUCCUCCUCAGAAGAUGACUGACAUCUGUCCAUGGGAAGAUGAAGAAAGCUGUAAAGUUGAUACACCUUUUGUGAAGACAUAUGCAACUCUGGGAUACUUGUAGCAGCAGGAGCACAUCAUAGCUGCUGUAGUGGUGUAGAGGACUCCUGCCGAGUGUACUGGCCAGGCAUAGGGUUGGGCAGGGAUGGAAACCUUCGUAAGUAACUUCCAAGAAACUGGGAGGCAGCUGAGUAUCAAGCCUUUUAUUCAAAGAACAAGAUGGAUUGUGUCGAUAGGUCUGGAUCCAGCGAAGGAACAUGAGGGGACAUAAGUGAUGGAACAGUGUGUCAGAGUUGCGCGCCUGGCCCAUCACACGUUCUCCUGAGGCUGAGUGCCCACAGCUGAGCCCUUGCAAGGCACCGCCAGGGGGACGUGUAUCAGCAACAGGUGACAGAGGAAGUGUAAUGGGUGCAGGGAGUUUAGGGACUGCAGUCCAAUGUGAUGCUGGUACCGAGGAGGAAGACCAUAAUGCUGCCGAGUUCCUCGUGAGGGGACUGCUAAGUGAGGCGCUUCCGACGAUAUUCUUCCCAGUGUUCACUUGGAAAUCAAAAUUAUACAAAUGGGCUCAUGAAAUGUAAGCCAUAUCUUACUGGUCAUUAUCAUGUUGAGAUGUGAAGGUGAGAGAGAGCGGAAGCGGCUUGCCAACAUGAGAGGAUGGGUCAGGCCCCCACGAAGGUGGUCAUCUGAACUGGCAAGCCUCAUGCCCUCCUCCUCGGUAAUGGUGAUGAGCACAAGACUGGAGAAGACUGGAUUGUUGACUAGUGAUUGUGUGAGUCUUCUGCUGCAAGUUUGGUUGAAUAAAUGCAAGUUCAGGAAUUUGAAUUAAUGUCAGUUUAUUGAAGAUGGGAAGGCUGAUGGUUAGCGGCAUUUCAUUACCUUGGGAGCUGGCACAGACGGACAUUUUGGAUGGUUGGCCCAGACCUGCUUGGGCCAGCACACUGGGCAAAGGUCAUACUGCACUCACCAAUGGCCUUGGUGCAAAUUAAUUUAUAAUUAAGACAAUUAACAAUGAAAUAAAGGUGCCAAGGAGUGUUACUAACUAAUGGUGAAUUGGGAAAAGAAAGUAUAGAACUGAAUGAUAUGUGCAGCAUCUGCCCAAGCUGUGUGACUUUCACAUGAGUGUUUUGAAAACAAAUCCUCAGUCAGUAAAUGAAUACAUUUUAGAAAAUAAACUAUGAUUAGUAUAGCAUUCUUCAGUAUUAGAUCAAAGUGGCACGAAAGUAAAGCUAGAAAAAUCAACAAUUUAAUGUAAUCUAGAUCACCUUUGUAGACAAGUAAAAAGUUCUGUGUAAGUACAUAUAUUUAUCUCAAGUUGUUUUACCAUUCUGUUCAUUCCAGUUGUUUUUAAACUAGGGAUGUGAUUGAGAUUUAGGUGACUGAUUGCUUGGUGUGAGAGUGUAAAUAAUUGUUUCAUGUUGUCCCUGAAUGGUAUAAAUGUCUGCACAGCGCUUCUUCAUGUAUGGAUGGGGAACAGAAGCUGACAGGUAUACCUCUCUCUCUCUCUCUCUCUCUCUCUCUCUCUCUCUCUCUCUCUCUCUCUCUCUCUCUCUCUCUCUCUCUCUCUCUCUCUCUCUCUCUUCUCUUCUCUUCUCUUCUCUCUCUCUCUCUCUCUCUCUCUCUCUCUCUCUCUCUCUCUCUCCAUAUUUCUUGAUAUUUUACAAAAUAUAUAGUGGAAAACUUACAGACUAACAAUAUAAGCAGCCAGUUCUCUUGCUGUUUCAGUGAUAAUUAUCAUGUUGGCUCACAUCACAUCUAAUUCUUCUUUUGUAACAGAUCUAAAUUUGUUCUAUAUUAUGUAUUUGCAUUUAGCAAGUCACCAGUAAUCAAUUUUUUUUUUAUCAUAUCACCAACUAAAACAUGCAACCGAAUCCAAGGGACAUAUGUAGCACAUCAUACAAGGAGCAUCACAUGCACACAAAGCAUCAUUGACUUCCUGCAAUCCUGCAGGAGAGAGGGUCUUUCAUCUGUGCUACUUCACAGUGAAAGACAUGCAUAGUGGACUCACAUAUGGUUAUAGAUAUGUGCAUACUAUACUAUUUUGACCCAUUCCGUGUGUAGCACCAGAAGCGUCACACAGCAUGUGUACAUUCACAGAAGUUUGGCUGUUUCAGGCAAGUAACUCAUUUUCAUAUCAUUUAUAGCCUUUGUUUGCCCAGCCAAGACAUAAAUAAGAGCUAUGAUAACAUUUUUACUCGCAGAUAAUGAAAUAUUUGAUAUUAUUACAUCAGCAAGAUUCAGCAGAUUUCUUUCCAAAUUAUUUCAGCUGCCUAGAUUAGGCUGGAGGUUCUGUUGCCUGUCAUGGCCAGGAGUCACAAUAGCUUUCUUAACUGUGGUUCUGUCUUUACUACUCUAAAUAAUUUCUUGAAACAAGCUUCAUUAAUUAAUUUUAUCAAAUUGUUACAUCACUUAGCUACAAAGGUUACUAUAAAACUUAAUCUGGAUAGAAAUUUUAUAAUCAACAUAGUUAUAUCAAUUGUUCAUGAGUUUUAUAUACAUAUAUUUUCUUCAUCUUGUCUUGUGCCACACAUAUGUAUAAAAUAUGAUAUGAAAUAUAUAUAUUUAUUGACCAAAAUACUUUGUAGUUUAGUAUAUUUUAUGUUGUAUGCAAGAUGUCAGGACAGCAGCCCAUGUAUGAUAGGUUAUGCAAUGAUUGCUCUCUUUGCUUUCCCAUGUGCAUCAAGUUUCACCUAUAAAGAAGAGAAGUCA